AUGGAAAAUUCUUCAUCUUCUUCAUCACCUAAUAAAGGUGAAUUAGUUGAAAAUAUGUUUAAAUCAUUUAAUACAUAUACAAAUGAAUUACAACAAGAAUUAGAAUUACUUAAUCGAAAAGUUUCUGAUCAAAUUCGAAUAGAACAAACUUGUGAUAUAUCUCAAGAACAACUUCAAAAUGAUUUAAUUAAACUUCGUGCAACUAUUGAAACAAAUUCUGUAAAACGAUCAAUUUUUGAUCGAAAUUUAAAUGAACGAACGACAAUGUCACAAUCGUUACAUUCUCAAAUUAUUGAUAAACGUGAAGAACAAAAUAUAAUUUUGGAUAAAAUCAAUAUGAUGAAAUAUAAUCAUCAUCGAAAUAUUGCAAAAAUAAGUGAACAAUGUGCGAAUUUAACUAUGGCUUUUCGAACAAAUUAUCAUGCUUAUGCUCGAGCUGAUCUUGGUGAAAUUCGAAAAAAGACUGAAAAUCGAUUAAAAAUAAUAAAUGACGAAGUAUCCAAUGCUGAAUUAAUUCUUGUUAAUGAUAAAGAUAAACUUAUUGAAUUAAAUAAAAAACUUGAUCAUGAAAUCACUCAUUUUAAUUAUUUAAAAGAAUCAAUUGAUAUAAUUGCAAAUAAAAUUCAAUUAGAUUAUGAAGAUUUGGUUAAAUUUAAUAAUCUUGAAAAACAAUUAGCUGAUAUACAAAUAUCAAUCAACGAAUUAGAAGCUUGGCAUAAUCGAACAAAUUAUCCAUCAGAUAAAUAA